UAAACAUCAAAUUACAGCACAGCCACUGUGCAGUCACUUACUCACCCAUUGAGAAAAGUUGAUAGAUACGUAUAAACACUAAAUAAUGUGAAAUAACAAAUUAACGAAUCUACUUAAAAUGUCAACGCAGCAAUUCAUCAGAUGUGCAGUCAAGUUCAAACUAUGUAAUAAAUAAGCAUAUCGAGGAGUCCAUUCAUCCAAAUCCGGGGGAGCAUGCCGAAGUAGUUUUUACACCUCAUCGAAGCACACAACUCAAUGAAAUUUAUUACAAACAAUUUAGUGUUCCACAUUUUAUUCGGAGAAAGAAUUGAGAUAAUUGCAUAAUAAAAUUCUUCACAAGUAUGGAAGUUAGCAUCAUCAUUUCUCGGAUAGUGUUUCUUAUUCUACUGAGACAGAUGAUAGCGUUCGAUAAUGUUGUGUCUGGAGAAAAGGUGACUUGUACUCACUUGCAUGUGAACCGACUACUAAAGGCAAAAUGUUACGAUAUGAAUCUUAAGGAAGUACCACAAUAUCUUCGGACAGGUGUCGAGAUAUUGGAUUUAUCAUUCAAUCGCAUAAAAAAAUUAAAACGAAAUUCAUUUCAACAUUACAAAAAGGUAAAGUACUUGCUGCUCUAUGAAAAUAUGAUACAAUCGGUAGAACCGGGCACAUUUCGAGCUCUCACCUCAUUACAGGAAAUUGAUCUAUCGAACAAUGCACUCAUGACAAUCCCAUUAGAAAUAUUUCAACUACCCUCACUACGUAAUUUAUAUGUAGAUAGUAAUGAACUUAUAUAUUUAGACAGAGAUUUAGAGACUUUGCAAAAACCUAUACAAGCGCCCUUAGAAUAUAUAAACUUAGCUGAUUGUGCACUUAACGAUCUGCCUGACUUGGGUAUAGUACCAAAUAUCUGGCAUGUUAAUAUAUCAAAAAAUCCUUUGACUGAACUCACUAUGAGUAAAUUUGCCAAUAUGUGCAAUUUAAAAAGUAUUGAUUUGACUAAAACAGAUAUGUCAAUUUGUUCAUGUCAGCAAGUUAAUAAUCACUUGCGAUUUGUGGAUGCAGAUACAAAAUUUGUACCAAUUUGUAGAGACUCUCUUGAUCUUAAUAUUUGCCCAUUGCCUUACAACGAAACUAUUAAAUCGACUACUUUUGAGCGCUGUAAGCGUACUGCGGCUCUGGAAGAAGCGCGUAGCACUUGGUUUUUUAUUGCUGGUUGUGUUGGAGGUGGUAUAUUGGUGCUGCUUAUUGUGAUAUGCUGUUGUCAUCGAAGACAGAAACGAAAGAAAAACGAUAAGAAGAAAAUUUUAGCUAAAAAUCGUAAGGAAUUAAUUGUGUCACCUGCUAAUGCCAUACACAAUGGCCAUGUAAACAGUCAUGAGAAUGAACUUUUACGUUGUGAUAAUGCGUAGCAAUGAAAUAGAAAUUAUUUAAAGUUUAGAAAUAAAUAUAUAAUAAUUAUAAACAUUGUUGUAAACAUAUUCAUAAUUGUUAUACAUAAUAUAGUAGUUCUAAUAUAGAUUUAAGUUUGCCACAUGCAGCAACUACCAAAAAUAGUUGUUAAACUAAUAAAAUGAAAAUGAAGUAUUAUUUUAGUUAAUUAUAUUAGUAAUAGUUAAUUAUUAAUAAUGAACUAAUAAUGUUGAUGUUAGAUAAUGUUAGUAAUUACUUGUAAUGUAGUAUUUGUACCAUAACUCCAUUAAGCAAACAUGAAACCGAUAAGACGUUAAAUGCCAAACUCAAAGUGCCUUUAUUUUUUAAGAACAUUUUUCAUAUUUUAAUCUAAUACAAAGUAUUUAACAUAAUUUGUAAUUGUUAUUAAUAUUUAAAAUACAAUAUACCAAAUAUAUAAUAAGAAAAAAAAAUACAAUUAUUUUAUUAGGAUUAUUAGUUUGAUAAAUGUUUAAUUCAGACUAUAAUUACUAUUUCUUAGAUCAGCGUAUCUCAACCACCAGUCCGCGGCAUUACUACCACCGAUCAUUAAAAUGCUAUUUAUAUUUCUUAGAGUAUUUUCAAAGAAAUUAAAAUAAAAAUCAA